AGAGCGGGACGUUCGGCUUGCGAGCGGGAACGGCUUAGUCGUACACGGAGAAAGAACGAUUUAAAAAUGUGUGAUGUUGAGAAGGGCAAGAAGAUUUUUGUUCAGAAGUGUGCCCAGUGCCAUACUGUGGAAAAAGGAGGCAAGCACAAGACUGGGCCAAAUCUCCAUGGUCUGUUUGGGCGAAAGACAGGUCAGGCUGUCGGAUUCUCUUACACAGAUGCCAACAAGAACAAAGGCAUCACCUGGGGAGAGGAGACGCUGAUGGAGUAUUUGGAGAAUCCCAAGAAGUACAUCCCUGGAACAAAAGUGAUCUUUGCUGGCAUUAAGAAGAAGGGAGAAAGGGCAGACUUGAUAGCUUAUCUCAAAAAAGCUACUAAUGAGUAAUAGUUGGCCACUGCCUUAUUUAUUAUGAAACAAAUGUCUCAUGACUUGUUAUGUGUACCAUAUUUAAAUUGAU